UGAGAGAAACACCGUGAGAGAGUGUGAAAGAGAGAGAGGCUUUGACUAAAACCCCGCCACAAACGACUCUCUCUCUCUAACCCCCUUCCGUACGGACCGUUAUAUUCAAUCUCUAUCUCUCUCUCCGGCAUUCUCUCAGAAUUUUCCCGGGAAAGUGAAAGAAAAUUUCCUUAUAUACCUUCAGCGUCAAAGUCAGCUCCAAACAGUUCCCCUCCGGUGAGCUCCGGCGACGACUUCCCCUUCCGAUUCCCAUUUUCAAUCAACCGAUAGGUUUUUAGCUGAAGCAAUUGUUGUGGCAAUGGAUCGAGCGGUCUCGGCGAUCUCAUCUUCGGCUUUUCUUUGCCUAUUUCUGGUUUUUUCUCGGUUAUUUCAGGCCUCUAGUAAUGCCGAAGGCGAUGCCUUGAAUGCGCUGAAGACCAACUUAACUGAUCCUAAUAAUGCUCUGCAAAGUUGGGAUGCUACACUUGUCAAUCCCUGCACUUGGUAUCGUGUAACGUGCAACAGUGAGAACAGCGUUACAAGAGUUGAUCUUGGAAAUGCAAACUUGUCUGGUCAACUGGUUCCAGAACUUGGACAGCUUCUGAAUUUGCAGUACUUGGAACUUUUUAGCAACAACAUAAGUGGAAGAAUUCCUAUUGAGCUUGGCAAUUUGACAAGUUUGGUGAGCUUGGAUCUUUACUUGAACAAUUUGAGUGGUAUCAUCCCGGACACAUUGGGCAGGCUUCAGAAAUUACGUUUCCUACGGCUUAACAACAACAAUUUGUCUGGAACUAUUCCUAUGUCAUUGACUACUAUUAAUUCACUUCAAGUCCUUGAUCUUUCAAACAAUCACUUAACAGGAGUUGUCCCAGUUAAUGGCUCCUUUCAACUUUUUACUUCCAGCAGUUUUCGAAAUAAUAAUUUAAUAAUUUCUCCAACUCUUCUACCGCCUCCAUUUUCGCUGCCACUUCCAUCUAUUGCUUCAGGUUUGUUUCGUUUUGUCCUAGGUUGUUGCUGAUAUUGGGUUCUGUUCUGUUUGUCGAACACUUUCAAUUCCUCAAUUCUUUAAUUAUAAACUUUGUUCCAUGCUGCCUGUUCAGACCUUGUCACAGAUGACUUGGCUGGAUUUGUAAUUAUCUUUCUAACUUUAUGCACAUUAUUGCUUUUGAAAGCAACUAUACCAAAAUAAAUUGUAUGUCAGGUCAAUUCCUCAACCAGUAUGUAUAGGUUUUAGUUUCCCCACAUAUUUAUGAUCUAGGAAGCAUGGAUACGGGAUACAGCGAUACGGGAAUAUGGAUACGGCAAUAUACCAAAAUUUAAAAAAGUAAGAUACGGGUACGGCGGGGAUACGUUUGUAAAAAAAAUUAUUUUUUAUAAUUUUAAUAAUGUAAUAUGUAUGAAAAUAAAACCUCAAGUACAUUAAUAAAUAAAGAGAGGGAUUCCUAUUAAGUUAAGAGUCUUCAAACAUUCAUAAAAUAUCCAAAACCAAAAACAAAAGUAAAUGUAAAUUAAACAUCAUCCUUAC